AUGAAUAGUAAUAAUAACAAUAGUAAUAACAAUAGCCCAAUAAAUAAUAAUAUUUAUCAAAGGAUUGAAAAUUAUUUAAAUAAAUUUUUUCAAACAAUAACAGAUAAUCAAUCACAAUCAAUAGAUACAACUAAUAAUAAUUUAAUUAUAAAUAAUAAUAACAAUAGUUUUAAAUUCGAAAAUGACUUAUUACUAAUAAACGAAUUAUCAGUAAUUUUACUUAAGGAGCUAGUACUAGAUGAAGAAAUUGGUUUGGUUGCAUCUCUUUUAUUUACUGGUGAUCACAGUUUACUAAAGUAUUUAGAAAAAACAUCGACACUAAAUACUAAAGAAAUUGUAAAAAUUAAAGUUGCCAUAUUAAAUUUAAUAACUGAGUUUAUAGAAAUACUGGGAGGAAGAACCGAUGAUUAUGCUAUUGCCAUUAAGAAUACCUGUAUAUCAAUAUUUAGAAAAGAUCAAUCAAAUUCUGUUCAAGCCGCUGCUUUUGGCCCAAUUAAAAAAAUUUUACACUUAAUGUCAAAAAUACUCAAAGAGGGUUCAAUUGUCGCCGAGUCGUUUGGGGUACUGGAUAUGAGUCAAUUGUUUUUAUUACAAUUUACAUGUGGUAAAUUAACACAAACCGUUAGAGGUGAGAUUAUAGUGGUUCUUGGUUUAUUCACUGAAUAUUUUUCAAAUCAUAUGUUUGAUUUAAAUCAGCAGCUCUCUUCUAUAUUCAUGGAAACAUUGGGUGGCCAGUUAAAGUCUAAAUCACCUGAAUCAACAUUAAUUCAAAGUUGCUUAAAGGGUAUUAACUCGUUGUUGGUUCAUUUUAGUGGUGAUUUUGUUAGUAAUCCAAAAAAUAUUCAAUUGCUUUAUCAGUAUAUAUACAUUUGUAUGGACCCACAAUCAUCAACUCAAAGAUUUGAAAUUCCUCGUGCUGCAAUGAAGAUCGUUGCUAGACACUCUCCAUUAUUGGCCCAAUAUUUAGCCGAACACUCUGAAAAGUUUUAUCAACGUAUUGAACACUGGUGUAAUCAUGGAAAUAAGCUUAAUAGAGAUAUAGCUUUUGCUGCAGUAGACUCUUUCUUUCAACAAAUAUCAAAAGAGUUAACAAGUGGUAAUAGAAACUUUGAAGCUGAUCAACAAACUUUUAAAUUUUUUAUUCGUAAAUUUUAUUCAAUCUUUGAAAAUAAUGACAGUUCAAGAUUCGAGUUAUCAAUUGCAAUUAGAGGCUGUGGUAGAUUUGCUUCACCUGUUAAAUCGUUUAUGGGAGAAUGGGAGUUAAAGUCAUUGUUAAGUUCAUUGUUUAAAUUUUCCGAAAAGUUAAUGGUUGUCAAAAUUGAAAAUAUUGACGAAAUAACAUUACAUUUAUCAAGUUUUAUAAAUGCUUUUGCAUCAAUAUUAUACGAAUUAAGUGAGUUAGAGUUUUGGUACUUGGAUCACAUUGAACAAAUUUUAGAAACUUAUUUCAUAAUAUUCCCACAUUUAUUUGUAAAGUCAAGAGAUAGAUACUUUAAAGCCGUAAAUAGAUUAAUAAGUUCAUUGUUUUAUCAUGGGGAAUAUUUAAAGAUCAUUCUAUCAAGAUUUGUAAAGAAGGGAUUAUUAAUUACAUUUUCGAAACCAAAUCCAUCAAUCAAAGCUUUAAUUACCACUUCACAUACUCCAUUCUAUGAAGUUUACAAAGAUCUUUGGUAUCCAUUGUUAAAUCCAACUACUGAAUCAAUUGAUAAAGAUUUGGCAUCAUCAUCUAAAUUUAAUCAACAACAAAAUAAUAGUAAUAAUAGUUCUGCUAUCAAUAACGACAAACACAAUAUAAUUACAGUUGUCACUAAAGAGGAAAUUGCACAAUCAAUAACAAAAUUAGUUUAUAAUGAAAUAAUAUCAAGUAUUUUAGUUGUUAUUGGUAAAUUAGAUUUACAAUAUUCCUCAAAAGAUACUAGUGCCAGUGAUAGUGACCAAAAAUCAAAAGAUGAAGAAGAGGAAAAAGAUAUAUCAAUUAUCGAAUAUGAAUCAGAAGUUAAUCAACUAAAGCCAAACACAUCAAAGGACAUUGAUUUAUUUUUAGGUUUGGUAGAAUUCUUUAAACUAUUUAUUUCAAAAAAUCACACAGAAUUAUUUGUACAAUGGAUUUAUAUAUUUGGUAAAGAGAUGAUUAACUAUAGUAAAAAGUAUCCAUUAAUCAGUGGUUUUUAUAAACUAAUUCAAAUUGUAAUGAAAAUUUGCAAAUCUCAAAAGUACUUCAAUACUAUCAACCAUGAAAUUAUACAUCAGUUUAUAUUAUCAAAUAAAGAGAAUAAAGAGUUAGAAAAUGAUUUAAUGGAAAUAGAAAAUAAUAAUAGUAAUAAUAAUAAUCCAGAAGAAGAUAAAAAGAAUUGCUUUAUUUUAUUCAAAAAAUAUAUUAAAGAAGUUAGUAAUUUUAUUAGCCACUAUAAAGAUGAGUUACUAAGUUCAUGCAUAGAGUUGUUGUUAUCAUUACCCAAGGAAUUAAUUAGUAUUCCAUUGUUAGUCCCUAUAGCAAAUUUAGCAUUUCAGUACGGCAAAAGUUAUUUACCUUUGGCCCAUAUUGCAUUAAAUGCCAUAGAGUAUUGGAUUACAGUUGUACCAAAGGAAGUUCAUAGCCAUUUAGAUAAAUUAUUACCAAGUUUAAAUGACUAUUUAAAGAUUUCAACUAAUGGACUAGAUAGUGUAAAUUCAUCAAAUACUCAACAAAUAGAUUUACAUUUAAUGAAGGAAACUUGGAGCCGUCAUCGUAAAAUGAAGUAUAAGAGCUACUCUAACAUUGACCCAAAGCAAUUACAAUUUAAAACAUCAAUUGAAGAUCUUCAAAAUAGAAUUAUUAGAUUAUUGGGUAAAUUGGGCGGUGAUAAUAUUCAUUUCUUGGGUGAGGUAAGUUUAUUAGCACCGGGAACUGAAUCUGGUGUUGCUUGGGACACUGAGCAAAAGGUAUUAAUCAAGAUUCCAUUUACCGAUCAAACUGCCUCUGCUAUUGAAAUUCAUUUAGAUACAAUUUUACCAAGUGUCGUUAGUUUAGCAGAAAAUUCACCAAAUCGUCAAAUUAAGGUUGCUGCUUGUGAACUCUUACAUUCAGUAUUGCUCUAUAUGAUUGGUACUUCAGCAAACCAAUCUAUAUCGUUUUCACGUCUCUACAGAAAGAUUUUCCCAUCAUUACUUUGUUUAUCAACGGAUGUAGAGCAAGUAACUAAACAGCUUUUCCAACCACUUGUAUUUCAAAUUAUUCAUUGGUUCACUCGUAAUAAGAAGCAAGAAAAUGAUGAUACUAUGAACCUUUUAAACUCAAUUGUAGAUGCUGUAGGUAAUCCAUAUGACGGAGCUCGAAGAGAUUUUGCAGGAAAAUGCUUAUGCGAAUUUGCCAAAUGGUCACUUAAAAAUACAUCCGUUGUGCAACAAGAAAAGAAUGCAUUCAAUUUUAAAUCGAUUCUUAAAAGAGUUUAUUCUUUAGCCCACCAUCCAGAUCCAUUCAAACGUUUAGGAGCUGCCAUUUCAUUUAAUGAGCUUUAUAGAGUUUUCCGUGAAGAGGAUUCAUUGGUAGAUCAAUUUAUCUUUGAAAUUCUACACAAUAUCUUUUUCAGUUUAAGAAUUGGUGAUGAUAAUUCAUCAGAUGAUUCAAUUGUCGAAAUUUCAUCAAAGUACUCCACUGUUUUGGUAGCAUUGACUAAAGUUAUUGUAAGAAAAGCUACAAUGUUAAAUAAAACCCAGCAAUCUAGAAGAGAGCACAAAGAUCUUUCUCACUUUGUCCAAUGGUUAUUCCAAGUAGGUUGUUCAAGAGCCGAGUCAGUGGUCCGUUAUGAAUCAAUGUUAAUGUUUAGCCAAUUGGUUGUUUUAUUACCAUCAAAAAAAACACCAUUACAAUGGGUCAAGGAUCAUGUUAACACAAAUGGACUAUCGUUUAUUAUAUCUGUAGCAGAGCCACGAACAUCCAUCCACAAAGUAGCCCCAAAAAUUCAAGUUGGUAAUCACAAAGAAAUAGAAUUUUGGUUCAAAUCAUUAACCACAUCAUUAAAUAUAUAUCUUUGGUUCUUUAGUGAAGGUUUUAUUGAACCAUCGGCAUUGGUUAAUACCGGUGGUAAUGGAUCAACACUUUUAUCAACAAUAUUUAAUGUUUUUGUUAAGCAUUAUGCCUUGGUUAAUGAUAAUAAGUCAUAUGAACAAAUGCUAUCAUCUAUGACCCCAAAAGAAAUUGAUCUAUUUAAUCGUAUGAAGUGCCAAGUUAUAACAAAUCUCUUUGGUUUAGUAAUUUUGUUAUUAGAAAAGUACAAUUUCCAAGAGGUCAUUGAAAUUAGUGGUCAACCAUUCAUCCAAUUACUUACAAAAUCAUUAAUGGAUCCACAAUCUAUUGGAUUUACAAAUUAUAUUGAUGAAAAGGUAUUAGAACUUCAAAGUUCAGCAAGAGAAGAGAUUCGUAACCUUAUGUCAAGAUCAUUCAAAUUCCCACCACUUAUUGAAAUCAUAGAUCACAUAUUUUCACUAUUUAUAGCAGUUAGACCCAAAUAUCAAGAUUUCUUCAAGUUAUCACUUUAUGAAAUAAUACUCGAUAAGAAAUCAUUCAAUUUAUUAAAUAUUAAUGAAUUAAUUAAUUUAGAAGGUACUGAUAAAUUAAUACAGCUAAUUCACUCCUAUCAAAUUUUAUAUAAAUUUAAAUUUUUAGAUUCAAUUUUAUUAGAAAAUAAUAAAACAAUCAUUAAUAAUAGUAGUAGUAAUAAUAACAACACAUUACCAGAAUCAUCCACAGAAUUCUCAACUUUCAUUAUAAAUUAUUUAUUUAAUCAUUGCGAAAACUUAUCACCUUCAAAAUUACUAAUUUCAAAAGAAUUAAUUCAAUUAGUUUUUACAAUUGGUAUUGAACCCCAAAAACUAUUAUCUAUGAUCAUCAAUGAAAGCAAUACAAAAAAAAGUAAAGAUGUAGAUGCAAAUAAUCAAGGUGACGGUGAAGAUAGCAUUCAUGUUAAAGAUAUCAACGAUAUCUUUUAUAAGUCAUUAUUCACAGAAAUUAAUACAUACAUUUCAAGUAAUUUUGAAUUAUUUUUACCACUAUUAGCAAACAGAAUCAUUCACACAAACCACAUUCAUAAAGUUCUAAAUGAUGUUUGUAUACUUAAACAGCAACCAAAUGAAAAGUCAAAUAUGUCCAAAGAUAUACAAUCAAUAGUUAAUUUCUUUAAAGAAAUUUCAGAAUGGACAUUAAAUCCAAAUUUAAAGAUUGUUGAAAAAGAAAAUAUUGUCGAAAUUAUAAAGAAUUUAAUUAAAAUCAAUCCCCUACAAUUCUUUGAAAAUAAACAGUGCUAUGAUUUCGUAUAUAAUAUAAUUACAAAUUAUUUGAACCGUUCAAAUCCAUUACCUUUCAAGAAUAAAGUUUUGGUUUUGUUACCAUAUUUACUUUCCUUCCCAAAACACCAUAAUUUUUCAUUAAUUAAAGAAAAAUUAAAUGAAAUUAUUGUAUACGAUUUUCCAUUGCACUCAAAAGAUCUGACAGUUAAAUCUCCAAUUUAUAAUGAAUAUGUUACAUGCAUUGAAAGGUUAUUAGAAACUUUAGAAAUUACAAAGAAUCCAAUUAUCAUCGAUAUUCUCUUACAUGUUUUAAAAGAAACUGAUCAUAGCCAUGUUCAUUAUAUUAAUUUAUCAAUUGAAAGAACAAUUUUAACAACUAAUGAUAGUGAAGCAAAAGAAAUAUUUUCACAUUGUUUCGAAUUGUUUUUAAAUCAUAAUGACGAAUUAAAAAUUACAUUAAUUGAUAAAUUUUGUGUACCUUUAAUAAGCCAUAUGAAAGAAGAAAUAUUGGUACAAAUAUUUAGCCAUCACCUAAAUUCAUUAAUGUCAAUUAUUCAGCCAUUACAACCAAAAUAUCUUUCAGAUUCACAAGAAAGAAAGUCAUCUAUUAUCGAAAAAAUUUGUUGUUUCCAUUUAAUUGAAGCAUUAUAUCAAUCAUUAUCAACCAAUAUUAUCAAGGAAAAGAUUAAUCCAUACUUUUAUGAUAAGCCAGAUAGUAAAGGUACCGAACUAACAGCUGCCAUCAUGAAAGCUGCUCACUCUGCCAAAUCAGAAAAAUUAACUAGUGAUGAUCGUUAUGUAACUCGUUCUCUUUGUACAAUGUACCAUGGUGCUGCUUUUAGUGCUUUGGCAAGUGUAAUUAUUGCAACCCAAACCAAAGAAAACUUCCUCCAUGUAUUCUUUUUUAAAGAGAACAAAGAUAAGAACGAAUAUCUUUGGGAAAAUAUUGUAGAUUGUGAUCAACAAUAUAAUUUCGAAUCAGAAACCAAUUUUACAGUAUCCUUUAGUUCACCACAAUCAUUGUUUGCUAAUGAUCUUAGAUAUUUAUCAAGCCAAUAUUUAGUUGACAGUAGUUUAAGUCAAGAUUUUAUUUCAAAAUCUUUCUUAGAAGACGAAAAAGAUUUAAAUAGUGACCAGCCAACACCAACACCAGUAUCAACAUCACCUCAUAUACACCAGAGCGAUAUUGAAAUUGAUCAAGUUAACUCAAAUCCUUCAAUGAUUGCAAUGCUAAAAAUUAUUGAUUUUUAUCAAAAUAAAUUUGUAAUACCAACUCAACAGGGUCUAUUUGCUCAACAAACACAACACAAAUUAACACCAUCAGAUAUGCCAAAGUGGAUGUAUGAAAUUUAUCAAAAACUUCAACAAGGUGUCCAUCCAAAUAUAGUUAUCUUUAUGAUAAAGAUUAUCAUUAAUAGACCAAGUUAUUUCGAAAGAUUCCACGAACUAUGGAUACCAAUUUUAAUGGAUUAUAUUGUAUCAGAAAAUAAUGGUGGCCAAGGGUUACACUAUUUUGUUCGUGAUGUUUGCUUUAUUUUAUUAAAAUGGCCAAAUAUUUAUAAGCUUGAUGAAGGCGAAAUAAGACCACCAACAUCAUUAGAAAACCAUCUAUCAAAAUUUAUGAACUUCUUAAUGAAGAAUACCUAUUGUCCAGACAGAAGAAUUUUAAAAAGCAAUUUAAAUAUAGUAAAAUCAUUCACAGAAAGAUGGAGAUCGUUAUUCCACAUCAAUAAAAACAUUAUCAUAGAAUUGCUUUUACAAAAAGGUGACUUCAAGAGUAAGAGUAGACAAAUGAAGACCACUGGUCUAGUGUUACUCUCCAUUUUACUUUCUAAUGGAUUCCCAGCAUAUGACAAAGAUUACGAUAGUGACCUUAUUAGCGAAUUUAAAUUUUAUCAAAUUUUAUUGGACCAUUUACAAGAUUUCAAAGAAUUAUAUGAUGCUGCAUCUGAAGUUUGUGGUAUGAUAUUAUUAUACAACUCAAAGAAUAACAUUCAGUCAGUAUUCUCUCAAUUAUUAAAAGAUAAAAUCAAUUCAAUUCUAGGUAAUAAUGAAACUCAAAGAGCAUUUAGUUGUUUAUAUUUCAUAGGGUUACACUAUCCACUAUUCCUUCAAAACUUCUAUGGAAAGAUUUUCAAUCUAUUACCACAAAUUUCAAACGAAACAAGAUUAAUUGUACUAAAUAUAGUGUUAUGGUGUGUUGAUGAUAUUCAAGAUCUCUACUUGAAACUAAAAUCAAAUAAUAUCGAAAACCUUAUUAGAAUUAGAGAAGGUGAAAUUCAAGUGGUAAUACUAAAGAUACUUUAUAAAUUAGUUCAAAAGAAUGGUACACCUGUGUCAACAAUAGGACAAAUUUUACAACUUUUAUUAUUAAACAAUUCUUUCACAUCAAAUAUAACAAGCGAAUAUAGCCGUUCUUUAUUCUAUGAUAUCGUCAUCUAUAUCUAUAAUAACUUUUCAGAAUUCCAAGAUGAUAAACAAUUAAUAUUAUCUUUAUUGAUUGGUUUAUCUGAUGAAGGUGAAUCAAUUAACAAAAAGCUAUUGGAGUUCUGGGAUAACAAUACCAAAACACUUUCAUCAAAUUCAAAUCAAAGAUUACAACAAUUCUUUACAAUUAUGUAUUCACCCGAAACAGAAUCCAAAUGGGUUGGAAAUAACUGCUGUCUUUUAUUACAACUUUGUAAUAGAUCAAGUGACUUUUGUAAAGUUUUGUUUGAUAAACCAUUAAGCGAAUGCUCAUUCAAAGAAGUUCAAUUAGACUCAUCAUGGCAACAUAGAACAUUAAAUAUGAAUCCAUUAUUUAGCUCUUCUCAAUAUGGAGUAGAUGGUGAAGAGGCUUCAAGUAAUCAAAUGGACAUAGAUGAAAUUAGAGCAACCCAAGCACCACAAUUUACAUUAACCCAAACAGCAUUUAGCGAAUUUUAUCCAUCAUCAAGUCAGGAGUCUUCCAAUGCAUCAUCACAACAAUCAUCGCAAUCAUCUAGAUCAAAUAAUAGUCAACAACAAAGAGUUUUAUAUAGAAAUCCAAAAUCAUUUGAAAAUAAUGAACUAAGAAAAAGAUUUAAAAAGAUUGAUGAUAAAGGAAGUGAUGAAAGGGUUGUUAAAUUUGCAAGAAUGCAAGUUAAAAAGAAUAUUGAUAGAGAAGCAUUCUUUGAAAAAUCAAAACAAGCUCGUGAAAACCAAAUAACAAUGAUUAGAAAAUACCGUACUGGUGAAUUACCAGAUAUUCAAAUUAAACUCCAAGAUAUUAUAAAACCACUUCAAAUAUUAUGCCAACGUGAUUCCAACAUUGGUGUUAAUAUUUUCAGUUUAUUAUUCUCCUCAAUAUAUAAUAAAACCCAACAAGAAAAUAUUAGAAGUUUCCAACAAAACAUCAAGAAAUCAAUCGAAUCAAUCGUAGACCAAUGUAAAUAUAAUUCAACAUUAGUUUCCUCAAUAUUAAGUAUAAGCGAAAAGAACUUAGAAUUUUCACCAGAGUUUUCAAAGAUAAAAGAUAUUGGUUUAAAUAGUAAUAAUCACCCUAUGGCAAUAAUAUUAAUUGAAAAGUUAAUAUUAAAGUUACAAUCUCAUAAACAACAAGAAAAAGAUAUUAAUAGUGGUUGGGAUAAUUUAAGAGAACUUUACAAAUCUUUAAAAGAAGAAGAUAUUAUUAUGGGUUUAACAGAGAAACAAAUGAGUGAUAUCCCAUUCACCAAGAAAGCAUUGGAAUUUGAAUUAAAAGGAGAUUGGGUAAAUGUGUUAAAAGUUUAUGAUGAAGCUACUUCGAAACUAGAACAGGGUCAAUUAAAUCAAUUCCAUUUAUCAGAAUCAGAAACCUCACUCUGGGAGAAUGGGCGUUUGGAAUGCUAUGCAAAACUUGGUAAUUGGAACGCUCUAAAAGAGAACUUUUAUUCAUACUAUAACGAUCCUAUAUCAGUAUUCAAAGAGAACAAUUGUGAUUUACUUUUAAGCUACCUCUUUGAAUUUAAUCUCAAGGUAAAAGAAAAUUGGAACCAACUAUAUCAAUUCAUUGGAAAAUUAGAACCACAUCAAUAUCAAUACCUUGAAGAUAAAUUCUCUGGUGAAUUAGCAUUCCUUGAAGUUACAAGAUCUGACCAUAAUAAAGCUGCAUAUUAUGUCUCUAAAUUUUAUCAAAACUUUAAACAACAAUGGUCAUCAUCACAUCCAUUAGCAAUUGCAUCAAGACAUAGAAUUUUACAGCCACUUCAAAAGAUUGUGGAGGUCGAAGAAUUUUUAAACUUAACAUCAAAUCAAAAUAUUUCAAAUAAUCAAUUAGAUCAUUUAUUAUCUCAAUGGAAAAAGAGAUUCCCUUCAAAACAAGAUGAUAUUAUGGUUUGGGAUGAUUUGGUUUUCUAUCGUUCUGUAUUAUUAGAAAAGAUUUAUGAACGUUUCUCAACAUUUUGUACAGACAAAUCAUCCGAAGAUCGUGUAAAGAGUAAACUAAUUCAAGAAAGAGCCAUUCUCUAUCAUAAAAUGUCUAAAGGAGCUAGAAAACUAGGUAAUAUUGUUGUUUCUGAAACUUAUUUCCGUCUUUCAGUAAAAUCUUAUCCAAAGACCAAAGAGAACGAUUUAGCUUUUCCAUUAGUUAGCUCACUAUUAGAUAUAUAUUGUAUAAAAGCAAGAACCUCAGCAUCACCAAUAGAGACUCUUGACAGAUUUGUUAAAGCUUUAAAGUUCAUUGAGUCUAAAAAGAAUGAAGAAUCAAUUGUAUCAAUUAAUGAAAAUUUACAAAAAUAUUUAAUGAUGCAUGGUGAUAUUUUCUGGGAUAUUUAUCAAUUAGAUAAAAAGCUAGGAUCAAAAUUUGUAAACGAAUCUUUUAAAAAAAAUGAAUUACCAUCUCAUUUAACUUCAAUACCAAUCAACAAAUUAAAAGAUGAACUAUUUAAUUUAACAUUUUCGUGCUAUAGCGAAUCAAUUAAAUUAAAUGAAAUUAAUAAAAAUAAACAAUCAAACCAAACAGGAUCAAGCCAACAAUUAUCAAGUCAAGUAAACAACCCCCAAUCAAAUAAUAACCCAUCCUCUCAAACAUCAGAAAUUAAUAAUUUUAAUUUAAUAGAAAAAACUAAAAUUAAAAGUGCCCAUCUUAAAUUUGCAAAUUUUUGUGAUAACAUAUUAAAAGAUAAAUUACAAUCGAACAAUGGCCAAAUUAAUGAAGAAACAUUAAACUUAGCACUAACUGUAAUUAAAUCAACAUUAGAAGCAAUUAGAGAAGAAUUACCUGGAUCAAUUGAUAAAUUCCCUAGACUUUUAGAAAUUUUAACACAAUUUGAACAAUACCAACAAGUUAAUAAAGAAUUUACAGAACAUGUUUCAAAUAUACCCUGUUGGAUGUUUAUUAGAUGGAUUAGUCAAAUGUUCCCAUAUUUAGAUUUACCACAAGGUCCACUUAUUUUACCACUCCUUUUAGAUAUUGCUAAAUAUUACCCACAAGCUAUUUAUUUCCCUUACAAAAUUAGUAGUGAACAAUUUGGCCCAAUGGCUAAAAAACUAUCAGUACAAUUAGAAAAAGAGUUAAGCGAUCCACUUUUAGAUCGUUUAGUAAUUGAAUUUGCUCGUCUUACCCAUCCAGAACAUCGUUUCAAAGAUUUUAUGGAAGAAAUGAAAUCAUUAAUCAAAUCUCCAACUAAAGAUAUAUCAGCAAUUUCAAUUUUAAACUCUGAAAUAUAUGACGAUUCAUUUAAUCCAAAAACAGUUAGCGGUGAUUACAACAUUAAAUUUGCAAAAGAAUGGGAAGAUAAGUAUUUAAAAUAUUAUGGUAAAGAUGCUACAAUACUUUCAAGAAUGGAUCAAAAGAAAUUCUUAGAGCAUUUUGCUGAAAUGUCUAGUGAAAUGAAUAAAAAUAUGAGACCAACUUCAACAGCAACAAUGAAAUUAAAAGAUUUUAGCUAUUGGUUAACAGAGUUUGAUCGUUCAAAUUACCCAACAUCAAAGCAACUUGAAAUACCAGGACAAUAUAAUGGAUUUGGCAAACCACAACCUGAAACCCAUGUUACAAUUUCAUCAUUCGAUAGCAAUAUCUUAGUUAUGGGUUCAUUACGUAAACCAAAACGUAUCAAGAUUCAUGGUAAUGACGAAAGGGACUACCCAUUCCUUAUUAAAGGUGGUGAAGAUUUACGUUUAGAUCAAAGAAUUCAACAGCUCUUUAUGAUUAUGAACGAAAUAUUAAAACGUGAUAAUUCAUGCAAUAAACGUGGUCUUAAAGUUACAACAUAUCAAGUUAUACCAAUGACUAGCAAGGUUGGUAUUAUCGAAUGGAUUAAUGAUACCAGACCACUAAGAGAAAUUUUGGAAGAUCAAAUAGCAAUUCAAACCAAAACACCCCGUUCAAAUGUUUCAAUUUCAAAAUUAGAAGCAACAAAUAUUCAUAAUACUUGGAUCCAAUCAUUUGCAAAAUACUCUAAAAUCAAUUCACCAGGUCCACUUUAUCAACAAAUGUUUAUACAUGCAAAUAGAGAUAAUGCAGUAAAGAAAUUUGAGAAACAAAUUGCAAAGGUACCUGAAAACCUUUUACAAAAUGGUAUUUGGGCAUUAUCAUCAUCACCAGAGUCCUAUCUAUUCAUUAGAAACUCAUUUGCACGUUCAUUGGCAACAUUCUCAGUUUGUUCAUAUGUAAUUGGUAUUGGUGAUCGUCAUUUAGAAAACUUUUUAAUUAGUCAGCGUGAUGGUACUUUAAUUGGUAUUGAUUUUGGUCAUGCAUUUGGUACAGCUACACAAUUCCUUCCAAUUCCUGAAUUGAUGCCAUUCCGUUUAACCCGUCAAUUUACUAGCUUCCUUAGACCAUUAGAUUCUGUUGGUCUUUUAAAUCAUAAUAUGACCUAUUCUCUUUCCGCACUUCAAUCACAUAAAGAUAUCCUUUUAACAACUAUGGAUGUUUUCGUUAAAGAACCACUAUUAGAUUGGAGCAAAUUGGCAAAUCGUCUCGUUAAAGAACAGGGUAAGCAUCCAAAAGAUACAAAAAAUGUUUGGUUCCCAAAACAAAAGAUUCAUAUUGCAAAAAAGAAAUUAGAUCUUUACAAUCCAGCAUAUAUUACUUUAGAGGAACUAUCAGCCUCAGUUCAUUCCAAUUCUCCCUAUGAAAAAAAUCUCCAAGAAAUUAUUAAAGGUGAUCCAAAAUACAACAUCCGUUCAAAAGUUAAUAAAAUUUGCUCUUCUGUUAAAGAACAAGUUGAUUGUUUAAUUGAUCAGUCAACUGAUCCAAAUAUAUUAAGUAGAGCAUGGAUUGGCUGGAAUGGAGCUUUAUAA